AAAUGAACAAGAGUUACAAAGGCUGAGAAAGACAGCUAAUGAAGAUUAUGUUUCUAAACAACUUAGCAGUGGAACUUAUGGAGAUCCACAAAACCUGUUGUCUUCAGAAGAAGAGCUCACUUUGGUACGUGAGUAUGUGCGAAGACUUCGUGAAUUUUGUAGUCAAUUCCGUGAUCCAAGGGACUCCAGAAUCCGAAUGCCAGUUUAUGUCACCACAGUUGCCACCCACUAUUUACUAAGGUUCUUCUUAUACAACAGUGUUAUGGAUCACCACCCUAAGCACGUCAUGCACACUUGCAUAUACCUGGCCUGUAAAAUAGAGGAGUUCUACGUGACAAUCACGGACUAUGUGCAUAACGUCCCUGGCUCUGCCAAAGAUAAGGAGCGGAUGGCCUCAAUGAUACUCAACAGUGAACUACAGACUACGCAAGAGCUUCAGUUCCAUUUAAUAGUGCAUCAACCAUACAGACCUUUAGAGGGUUUACUGAUAGACCUUAAGGCUCGAUAUGAAGGUUUACAAGAUGCAGAGGCCCUAAGAGGCGCUGUGGAGCUUUUCCUUGAGAAGCUUCACCUGACAGAUGCCCCUCUACUGUAUGCCCCGUCUCAGUUAGCUCUUGCGGCAGUGACGACGGCGGCAAGUAAGCUGGGUCAGAACUUGGACUCCUAUGUUACUGACAUCUUAUUCCGAGACUGUCCUGAGCGUCUGGCCCCGCUUGUGGAUGCUGUCAGGAAAAUAAAGCGUUUGGUUAAGGCAGUAGACAGCGCUGUUGACAAGAGUUGCAUUGAUGCCCUGGAAAAGCGACUGAGUGCCUGCCUCAACCCUCUCAACGACCCCACCACCGAGCAGUACUGGAUUAACCAGGCACGAAUUGAACAGGACGACGACGAUUUCCCUCUGGUAUCGAGCUCGGCCUCCGUGGACAACGAAGCUAUAGAUAUUUUGGAGGAUGAUGUUGUGGCGGAAGACGUUGGUGGUACCACGGACCCUGCGCUAGAGGAACUAAAGGAUUUUGCUGUUGUCAGUACAGGGACCAGGAAAAGUAGCAGAAGACAGAAGAAACACCAAAGUGCGCGUAAAGUCAGGGAAACCGCCGCGCAGUUUGGAGUGGAGAGCGCCAGAAGUGUUCUGGAUGGAGGCGUAAUAGACGACAAUGAUUGUAUAAUUGACGAGUGAAUUAGUAACAAAGUAUUUUCUAGGUUCAUGAGAAGUACUGAAAUUAUUUUCGUAUCAAAUGACUUCUUGGUCAAGGUGUUCUAGAAGAAUUUGUAUAUUUUUUUGGUUCAAAGAUGAUCGAGCUUGAUAAUAGCACGCAAAUGUGAUAUUUUUUGCUGAUGUAGUUUGUAGAUUUUUUGAUUGCUAAUAAUAAACCAUGUCAAAUUUUUAGCAAAAUUCUUAGUAAAGAAUCUACAGAUUUCGAUGUUUUGCGGAAAUAAAUGAGCAUUUCAUUGCCUUAA